AUGCCUGCGACACCAUCGCCAGAGCGGAGCCCCAGCUCCCAAGGAGGCAGCGAGCACCAUGUUGAGCCAACCAUAGAGAUAGAGGAUGCCAUUGCCGCCGACAAUGACUCAACCCUGGGCGAGGAGUCUGACCAGUCCCACGUGUCCCUCUCGUCGAGCAUCAUGGCAUAUCGAGAAGAAAACGGCCGACGUUAUCAUGCCCUUAGUAGCGGCAACCUCCAGCACGAGCUCUACGUCCGCACCUUACACGGGGAGCUCGCACUCUGUCCAAAAGCUAGAGACGCGAAACGAGUUCUAGAUAUAGGCACUGGCACUGGAUCAUGGGCCAUUGACUAUGGCAAGUGCUGUUUUGAAGCUGGCCAGAAUCUCGGACGCCCCGUAUUCCCCACCACCGAGUACAAGAACUACCUCGCAGCCGCCGGCUUUGAGGAGUUGGGUAACUGGACGCGUGCCAAUAUUGCUGGUGGACUUGACGGUCUUUCUCUCGCCUACUUCACACGCGGCCUGGGUUGGACGCCUGAGGAGACACGUGUGUUUUGUGCACAUACCAGGAAGGACAUGGAGAAUCCUAAGAUAUAUGCUUACUGGCCGAUCGGCAGCUUUACUGAUGAUGCCUCUUGUGUCAGAUAUUUUGUCUAUGGGAGGAAGCCCUUGACUGCCGAGUGA